UUCAUAAACUCAGAAGGCACAUGCGCUCAGCGACUGCUCGGCGUGUCAUACGUUCAUCGUGUUUCGACUCUUCCAGUCUAGUUUAGGAGAUCGUAAAAAUGGUAACAGAGAGUGAUUCAGUCGUGGAAUGAAAAUCGAAAGGAGCUAACAGGUUGCUGUCCCGCGAUUUUUUACCGCGUCUGUUGCCACGUGUGAUUUGUUUAUUGCCUGUGAUUGAUUUUUGAGACAUGGGUGAAGAAACUCAAGCCGGCGACGGAAAAGUAACAUUAAAACGUAAAAUAACAUUGUUCAAUGGUGUCGGAAUUAUUAUUGGGACGAUUAUUGGCUCUGGAAUUUUUAUAUCGCCGACCGGUGUCUUCCGGUAUACUCAGUCAGUCGGAGCCUCGCUUCUUAUAUGGCUGAUAUGUGGCCUGCUCUCGACAUUAGGAGCUCUAUGUUACGCAGAGUUGGGAACUUCGAUAUCAAGAUCUGGGGGCGAUUAUGCCUACAUCUUCACAGCGUUUGGACCUCUGCCUGCGUUCUUGAGAAUGUGGAUAGCGCUCCUCAUCAUUAGACCGACCACGCAAGCGAUAGUAGCGAUAACCUUCGGCCAAUACGUCGUUAAACCUUUCUUCCCCGACUGCGAGCCUCCAGAAAACGCUGUGAAACUCCUAGCAGCGGUGUGUCUCUGUAUACUGACAGCCAUAAACUGCAUCAGCGUCAGAUGGACAAUGCGUAUUCAAGACGUGUUCACUUCAUCCAAACUACUGGCGCUGGUCGUUAUCAUAAUAUCCGGGAUCUAUUACAUAGCGAGCGGACAUACAGAAAAUUUUGAAAGGGCAUUUGACGGUGAGUACAGCGCUGGUGACAUUGCCUUGGCGUUCUACUCUGGUCUGUUCGCUUUCGGUGGAUGGAAUUAUCUCAAUUUCGUCACAGAGGAACUCCAAGAUCCUUACAAGAAUCUCCCGCGAGCUAUAUGGAUAGCCAUGCCAAUGGUGACCACUAUUUACGUUAUGGCCAACUUGGCAUACUUCGCCGUCGUCACCAAGACGCAAUGGCUGGACCCGAAAGCUGUUGUUGCAGCGAUCUUUGGGGACCAGCUGUUCGGUAGCUGGAGCUGGUUGAUUCCCGUGUUCGUGGCGUUAUCAACAUUCGGUGGAGUGAACGGGGUGCUGUUCACGUCAGCGAGGCUGUUCGCCACUGGGGCCCAGGAGGGUCACAUGCCUGGCUUCUUCACGCUGUUCCACGUCGAGAAACAAACUCCCAUACCAUCACUUAUACUGACAUGUUUCUUCUCACUUCUCAUGUUGACCACCAGCAACGUCAUCGAGCUCAUAAACUAUUACUCACAAACCCUGUGGCUGUCCGUGGGUGCGUCAGUCGUGGGCAUGUUGUGGCUGCGGCGGACCAAACCUGAAAUGUCCAGACCGAUCAGGGUCAACAUCGUCAUACCAUACCUGUUCCUCGUAGCUAUCGGCUGUUUAGUCAUAAUUCCCGCCAUAACUCAACCUAAAGACACUGCCAUCGGUAUUGCCAUACUCCUGUCGGGGAUACCAGUUUAUUAUCUAUGCGUCAAAUGGCAGAAUAAACCUCAAUGCUACAAUACGGCUUCCGGCUGCAUACUGAGAUUCCUUCAGAAGUUAUGUUCCUGCGCUUAUGUGGAUUCAUCAGAAAAAAUAGCGAAUUGAUGAUCUGAUUAGCUAAAUAAUUUAUUAAGGACCAAUAUACCACAGUGUAAUGAGGAAUAUUUAUUGUAUUUAAUAUAUUAAAUACGCUAUGGUUUCUGAACUUUCUAGACAAUUUUAUAUACCUGAAUAUUCUAGGUACUACUAUAUUAUCUUAAUUAUAGACAAAUCUUUAAUCAUGUAUUGACUUUUAACUGCCAAGAUAUACGUAUACUGUACGAUUUUUUUUUAUAAAUAAUUUAAGUAAGCAAAAUCAAAGUGUAUACAACCUGAAUCAUGUGUAAAUAUCCAUUUUAUUUUAAAACGAUUUCAAUAAAAACAGCAAAGUAUGUACGGGUAUUGGCACAUCGAAUUGUGUUACACAACUUUUUUUUCUAUAUAAAAUAGUUAAAUUUUAUUUUAUAAUAAUAUAUACAUUUUAUUUUACGUAUCCAGAUGAUUCUCUCUAUAGAACGACGAUAAAUAUAUAUUUUUUAUUUAUUUUGGGGCAACAUUUUCGAUUUAUAUCUGAGCAACUUGGCCACUAAUAAAACGAGUGAGAGUGAGUACAUUUACGUACACAAACGCACGAAGUUAUCAAUUUCAAUCAAGAUAUCACAAGCUAAAUCAUAUAUUUUUAUGUUGUAUUAUAAUUUAUACGCUACACAUUUUUUAUUUACUUUUAAACAUUAUUUGAAAGAAGAGGAUGAUUUAUAAUACGAUUAAAAUAAGUUUUACCCUCAUUUGCCUCCAAAAAAUCAUUCAUUAAAUAUUUGAUAUUAAAAUUUUUCUUCAUAGAACAAAAUAACCAAACCUCUGAAGCGUUAAAGUAUUAAAUAUAUUGUACUGCAAAACAGCAUCAAGCGCUUCGUAAUAGAUUUGGGUAAUUCGUCCAACAAAUCAAAACGUUGUCAUUGGCAAAAUAUUCCACGAUUCCAAUGCGAACGAAGCCAUAGAUUAUAAAUAUAUAUAAGGGUAAAAUGAAGUGAUUUCAACUGUCACAAUGUCGCUUGCAUCUGACAAAAAGUGCAAAAAUCACGAAUGUAGUCAAAAUAUAAAUAUUUUAAUAACCGAAAUAUAAUGUUAUCUUUUUAUUGGUAACAAUAUUUAUUAUUAUAAUGUUAUUGACAUAUGUACUGCUUUGAAUAUAUAUAACUAGAUGUUUACACUAUACAUUAUACUUAUUGUAUAGACAAUAUUCUUUCUUAUAUAAAAGCUAAAUGCUUUUAAAAGCUCGUGAUAAAAAAUGUCACUCAAAUAUAACUAUCACUACA